GCCACAUUUCAGGGCUUCUGCUGGAGCCAGCAGGGUCAUCCAACGUGUGGAGCAGACGGGCAUCAGGUUCUUUCCCUCUGCUGGGUCAUCGCUCCAUUUCCAGGGCGCAGGUUGGAGAAGGCUGGCAUAGGCUGGGUAGGAUGUGUCUUCCUUGACCAAGCGGCUUCUUGAUAUCAUCUUACAGGCCACCCUUCACCCCAAUGGCCCCCAAGAAGAAAAGCUCCAAAAAGAGCAAGCCGGCGAAGCGAGACACUCCUGUUAAUGUCACCUUAGCCGAAGAUCCUUCUCUUGACAUUGACCAACAUCAUCAACUGGACAGUUUGUUUGAGAACGGUUCUGAUGGCUUCCUUUGCACGGCCACGGAAGUCACCAAUCCAAGCCACGGAACCAACAUGCUGAUGGAGAUGAGCUCCCUGCAGCAGGAACGCUUCCUUUGCGAUCUCACAAUUGCUACUAAAACCAAAUCGUUCCGCGUUCAUAAACUGGUGAUGUCCUCCUGCAGUGAAUAUUUCAAAAGCCAGCUGAAAAAGGACCCCAACCUUCAGCAAGUGGUCCUCAGUGACAUCUCCUCCUUGGGCCUGGCCACCAUCAUCUCAUAUGCGUACACGGGAAAGUUGAGUCUGAGCCUGUACACCAUCGGCAGCACCAUUUCCACUGCCAGCCACCUGCAGAUGCAUGCGCUGCUCAACAUGUGCUCGGAUUUCCUCAUCCAGGAGAUGAAUGUGGAAAACUGGAUGUAUAUCACCAAUAUGGCAGACACGUACAAUCUCGGCCGGAUUAAAGAUGCCGCCAGGAGGUUCAUCCGGGAACAUUUCCUAGAGUUCUCAGAUACCGAGCAGUUUUUGAAACUCACCUUUGAACAUUUGAACGAAUUGCUGAUGGAUGACAAUCUGGAGUUCCCUAGUGAGGUGACGGUCUUCCAGAUUGCCAUGAAAUGGCUUGAGUUUGAUGCCAAGAGGAUCAAGUAUGGGGCAGAUCUCCUGAAGAACGUGCGGUUCGGCACGAUCCCGGCUCACGACUUGAUCAACCAUGUCCAACCUGUUCCGUGUAUGAUGCAGAACCCAGAAUGUCACAAACUUCUCGUAGAUGCAAUGAAUUACCAUUUGCUUCCUUAUCAGCAAAACGAGCUUCAGUCCCGAAGAACCAAAAUUCGAGGCAGCCAGAAGGUGCUGCUUAUAGUUGGCGGCCGGCCAUGUUCUGCGGAGAAGGCCCUCAGCAAAGACGUGAGCUACAGAGAUCAAGAAGGGAACUGGAAUAAGCUGACGGAGAUGCCCACCAAAUGUUUCAACCAAUGUGUUGCCGUCAUGGACAGCUUCCUUUAUGUGGCAGGUGGUGAAGAUCAAAACGAUGCCCGGAACCAAGCAAAACAUGCCAUCAGCAAUUUAUGCAGGUACGAUCCACGGUUUGGCACUUGGCUACACUUGGCUAACAUGACCCACAAAAGGACUCACUUCAGCCUCAGCACUUUCAAUGGGCACCUCUACGCCGUCGGAGGCCGUAACGCAAAAGGCACCUUGGUCUCUAUCGAAUGCUACGUCCCUUCGGCCAACAGCUGGCAACCCAAAGCCAACAUGGAGCUGCCACGCUGCUGCCAUGCCAGCGUGGUCAUCGACGGGAAGAUCUUGCUGACCGGUGGCUAUGUGAACAACGCUUACUCCCGGACCGUCUGCAGCUAUGACCCGGCCUUGGAUUCUUGGCGGGACUGUAGCUGGCUGAGCAGCCCACGAGGUUGGCACUGUGCUGCCACGUUGGCCAAUCGGGCCUAUGUUCUGGGGGGCAGCCAGCUGGGCCCCCGCGGGGAGAGGGUCGACGUCAUUCCAGUGGAGUGCUAUAAUCCUUCCACUAACCAAUGGAGCUUCAUGGCCCCCUUGACCACCGGCCUGAGCAUGGCAGGGGUGGCCACUCUUGGCGGGCAAAUCCUCCUCGUUGGCGGAUGGAACGAAAGUGGGAAAAAAUACCAGAAGGCGAUUCACGCCUUCAACCCCGAUCUGAACGAAUGGACCGAGGAAGGGGAGCUUUUGGAAGGCACUGUGGGGGUGUCUUGCUGCACCAUUGCUCUUCCGCAUGCGAACACCCGGAGCUCCAGAGCUAGUUCAGUGGCCUCGGCCUCUGUGAGCAUGUAAACGGAGCUGGAUGAGAUGGAAAUUGGGGUUCUGGUGACUUGCAGAAUCAGAGGCUUCACAGGAAAGGUGAAGGAUGGGUUGAGUUUGCUGGAGAGAGUUCUCAUUGCAUAGGUUGUUGUGGGUUUGUGGUUCAUGUCCCAAUAAUAACACAUUUUUUGACGCUCGGAUUUGCCUGUAGACCUUUUCACAUAACUCCUUUGGGGAACUGAAAACUGAAACAUGUCCAGACCUGAUUCAUCAGACGUUAAUGGGCUUCACUUCUGCAAGGGAACCUCUCUUCCUCAUUAUACAGUCUGAAAUCUUCACCCCUUCCGCCCAAAACUAGACCCUACUUUUAAAGGAUUGGGAAGUCUUGGGGAAGGGAAGGGCUGUUUUAAUGAAUUUGGUGGGCAGCUUUUUGGACACCUCAGCCCGUAAUUAAAGGCCAGCUACAUUGUGCUUUAUUUGAAGUAGUCUAGUCAUCUAGUACUCUACAGUUCUUUGUAAUGAAUCAGACCAUCAUGGGCUGGAAGGGAUCCUGGACGUCCAACCCCCUGCCUGUCCAAUCUCUUCUUGAAGACCCUCCAAGCAAUGGAGCACCCACAAUUCUUGAGAGACAAACUGUUCCACUGAUUAAUUGUUCCAAUUGUCCGGAAAUUCCUCCUUAGUUCCAGGUUGGUUCCCCCUCAGGUGAGCUUCCACCCGUUGCUUCUUGUCCUGCCCUCAGAUGCUAUGCAGAAUAAAUCCCCCUCUUUCCUGUGGCAGCCAUUCAAGUAUUGGAAGACUGUUGUUUUGUCUCCCCUAAGCCUUUUUUUAGCCCAAAUAUCUAGUUCUCCUAGCCCAGGAGUCAGCAACCUGCAGCUCUGGAGCUGCAUGUGUCCAUUUCACCCCUCUGCUGCGGCUCCCGGUCACUCAAAAUAUGCGUCACAACCACCAAUGUGCAACACCCACCGGCACACAAUUUAUUUAGCUUUUCAACCCCCGGUAGGCUAACCAUGGAUAAAUCCAAGAAAAGAAAAGUUUCAGAAGUAAACAGAACGUUUAAUUCAACUACUAUAUAUGCUAGUUCUGUGGCAGCUCAAGAAAUAGUCAGGCACGGAAAGGGUUUUGUGGUUCCCGGUGUUUUUUCUGGGGGAAAAGGGUCUGAAUGGCUCUUUAAGGUUUAAGGUUGCAGACCCGUCUUAGCCGUACAUCAUUGUGGUCUAGCCUCCAAAUCUCUUAUCAUCUUUGUUGUUUCUUCCCUGCACUCUUUUUAGGGCCCAGCGUCUUUCUUGUAUGGGUCAGCUCUCCUGGGAAAUGCUGCUAUUCCAUGAAAAUAUUACCAGUUUGCUCCUUCGUGUGUGUUCACACAACUUCUAAACCCCUCUAGGCAGUUAGGAAUGCACACCACCGUCAUCCCAGUGACGUGGCUCUCUGACAUGUUUGUUACCAAACCUGCUAUCCAAACUAAGAAGUGCUAUUGUUCUGUAGCAGGAACCAAAUUUCAACCCUAAGAUUAGUCCUAUCUUUAUUCACCUAGUCUCCUUAACCCGAUCAAGCCAUGAGCUUGCAAAUACGAAGUAUGGUCAGGAUUAGCUUGGUUAAUUUCUUGCAGUUAGCUCAUUUGGCUAUUUUAUGGAUCAAUGUCAUUUGCCAGCCCAGAAUAGCUGAUUCGGGAAGUUUUGUGAAGGGGAUUUUUUGUGUUAACUAGAAAUGACUAAUAUCCCGAAUGAGGUGUUGAGUAAACCACAAACCACAGAUAAAGAGCCGAAGAAAAUAAAGCCGGGAGUGGAUUCUCAUUAACCAAGCAGAAGAGUCUGAUGUCAUAUGAACAUUACUAGCCUCUCUUUAUUUGCUUCUAUAGGAAGUAUCCAUUAUUUACACUUUUUGGUAAACUAUAGAUCCCAGCAACCGUAACAACAUGGCCACUAAUGAGACAUGUUGAGUUGUAUUUUAAGGACACCUGGAGGGCCAUGAGAUCCCCCACCUGGUUUAAGAGAAACAAUGGUUCAAAUAUGAGUACCUACGUAGAACUGUACAAGACUACGAAGAACUAUUGUUCAUUUUCCUAGUAGUCAGUUUUGCUCCACCCUGAUCACCUCUAAAAAUACCAGGGUAACAAUCUGGUUAUAAAACAGCUCGAUAGGGGAUGAUGGGAGGAUUGUAUGGGUCUUAAAUCACACAGUAAAUAGUUCAAAGGGCUUAACAGGAUACGUGAACUUGGCUUAGGGCUCAAAAAACGUCUUCCAGUCCUUAAUUUGGGGUGGGAUGGAUAAUGGUGGCUAGAUUUUUACAUCACUUUAUUUGGAUUUUACUGAAUAAACCAUAAUGGGCUGGAUUCAUUUAAUACUAUGAAUCUAGAACUUGAGUACACAUGCAUUAGUGACAUUUCUCUAACCAGCACUAUGUAUUUAUUUGUAGAAAUACCUCAAGGUGGCAAACCCUAAUGCCUUAACCGCUACACCUAACUAGCUCCAUUUACCAUCCUAUAUGGGGGCAGUUGUGAUGGUAUCAGUGCAAGAAUUUACAAAAAGCAAUGCUAAGUAUCGGCAUAAUAAUCAGAGGCAAAUAUUAAGGAAUAAAACCAGGAAAGGGGAGGGGACACCAGAUGUGUCGUACAUAAUGACAAGAACAGGAAAAUUAAGAUUCAGAUAGUACAAGUUCACACCUGGAGCUGGCUUUAGCCUUGUGAGCCUAGCCAGAUUCAAAAGAUUGUUUAAAUGUAUUGUGUGCAAUAGGUCAACAUUUUUCUUUCAUUCACAGCAAACAGAUUGCAAUGGUUGUGUUCAUGCAGCAUGGACCAUGGCUUAGUCAAUUCCCCCGAUUUUCUGGUUUUGCAUCAAAUGAUUUAAAAAGAACCCACUUCGAACAAGCUUGCAGAGUACACCUGAUAUAGCGAGGUGUCUAAUUUGUGAUUGUGUUGCGAGCUCAGAAUGUGCCCCAUUUCUAAGGACAGCAUCAUUUCUUCCCACUUAAGAUUCAGUCUCAGUAACGCUGGCUAUGCACAAAAAGGGCAGGUUGUUUUUUGAGCAUCUUUAGAUAUCUGCACUCACAUUUAUUACUUAGAACAAAUGUAGUUUUCCACCUUUUGUUAAUUCAUUUAGGCAUUUCAGGACCAAGGUGUUUUUUUUUCUUUUUAAAAAAAAUACAUUUAGCUGCAGAACCUAUUUCCCAAAACCUAGCUUCGGAAAACUGAUUUCUUCUUUUUAUUGCCAUAUCUCUUUCACAAAUCAGGGGUGUUGCCAGAGGACCAACCGGGAAGGAGCUGAAGACCAGUAAUUGCAGGCUGGGUGCAGCAAAUGCACUUUGCAAGCAUAGGAGGAAUGUUUUUAUACAAAUUGAACACAAGGGGAUAACAUAUACAGCUGAGAAGUAUCUAUUGUUAAGCCCAAGACUGGUCUUGAGAGGUUGGUUGUCAGGGAAGGAAUCUUUUCCUCAGAGUUAAGACAUGCCUAGGCAUGUUUUAAUAGGCAGAUGAGCCUUCAAAAUUACCAAACCAAGGGAUUUGCUCAUAUAGCAUAAUCUAUCACCUCCAGCAAGGGUCAAACUUCUAUGCUUGUCUAGUCUGUGAAUUCACCUUUCUUGAAGAAGGGGGUACUGGGCCAAUGGUACAACACGGCCUUCUGGAUCAGGGAAAUAGAAAAGUAGGAAUUUCUGUGAAGAGAAAUCACUCCCAUCUCAAACUCACCAAGAAACAACUGAAAUGAUGCAGCUUAUAAACAUUACCAAUUUCUGGCUGUGCCAUUUUUGGAAUGCUGGUAGGUUGUAUGCAGCCAGGAACUGUCUAUUCCUAGUUCAGGACAGUGUUUCCCAAACAUAGCAACUUUUAAGAUGCAUGGAUGUCAACCCCCAGAAUUCCCCACAUACAUCUUAAAGUUGUUGUGUUUGAGAAACACUGAUCUAGGGAAAUUGGCUGAAUGAAAACUGGAUAUUUUCCAAGUUGUACAAAAGAUAAAAAGGAAGACCAAUGAUAGUCUUUUGCAUAGUUAUUAAUGUUGCUAUCAAACCUGACUGGAUCACACUAGUGGCUUCUGGAUGCCAAUAAAAAUCAGCCUC